GUCCGUGAUUGCUGAUGUUGUGUCGGAAGUAUUUGUUUGUAGCUUGUGCACGGAUCUAGCAGGAUAUUUAAUGUGGAGUCCCAUCCUAGUUUGUGACAGAUGCAUAAAUUGAUGACAGUGCGCAAAUAUUGCGAAAAGUGUAACAACUACAUCAGUUAUUUUCGUAAAUAAUUCUCUGUGAGAAUUAUUAUGGGAGUGAGGGCUGGGAACUGCUGCUGCGAUUGACAUUGGCACUUGCCGCCACUUGUCGCUUAUCCGUCUAGCGUCUAGUUGACCAGACAUUGGCAGGCGCUUGCUGUGCGCAUGAAGCCAGCAAACAAAUGAGAGUGGAUCCAAGUACAGUGACAGACAGAGUAGUAACUUCCGGUUGUAUCGCAGGAAGUGUGGAUAUUGAAUAAGCGCAAAUCACCAUGUACAAAUUAUUGAGGCGUGGCUCAGGCCGCAUGUUGAUUCUGUGCGUAGUAUUGGUGUCUUUAUUGCUAUGUCUGUACUACGUCAGUCAGAUUCAAACACCAGCUUCUGGUCCAGCCUCAAAUCUUUUAAGUGGUGAUUUUGAUAAAGGAGUAACGUCAGGAGUCUUGCCAGAUUAUACAGAGGCGCCAGAUUCGAAAAUAUCCGCAGCUGCAUGUCCUGUCAUUGAACCCAGAACAGCCGAUAUUGAUGCUCAGGAACAAUUUCAGAAAUUUGACUUCCAGCCUUCGUGGAUGAGAAGUCGAGAGUACUGGGAUGAUAGUUUUGAAUCAAGAUAUGCUGAGCUAAAGAAAAAUCCAGAGCGACCACCUCUAAAGGUUAUCCUGGUUCCACACAGUCACACUGAUCCAGGAUGGUUGAAAACUUUCGAACAGUACUUUCACAGUACCACUAGAGAAAUUCUAAAUAAUAUGGUAACAAAACUUCAGCAGUGGCCAAACAUGACUUUCAUCUGGAGCGAAGUAUCGUUCCUGUCACUCUGGUGGGACAGCGCGCAUCCAACAAAAAAGUCAAUUGUUAAACGAUUGGUGAAAGAAGGUCGUCUUGAAAUAACAACCGGAGGAUGGGUUAUGACUGACGAAGCAACGUCCCACAUUUAUGCCAUGUUGGAUCAACUUAUUGAGGGUCAUCAAUGGCUAAAAACGAACUUGGACGUAACACCAGAAUCGGGAUGGUCUGUUGAUCCCUUUGGGCACGGAGGUACCGUUCCCUACUUACUCAAAUCAUCAGGCGUGACGGCAACAAUAAUACAAAGGAUUCAUUACGCCUGGAAGCAAUGGUUUGCGAAAAAACAGUACGGCGAUUUUAUUUGGCGGCAACCCUGGGACCAGGAGGGUUCAGCUGAUAUUUUGACCCACAAUCAGCCGUUCGAUAUAUACAAUAUUAAGCACUCUUGUGGCCCUCAUCCUCAUGUAUGUCUCAAUUUUGAUUUUCGAAAAAUUCAUGGCGAGUAUACAGAAUAUUCGGUGAGAGCAGUUAAAAUCACACCUGCUAACGUCAAAGCAAUGGCGGAAAUGUUACUGGAACAAUAUUCCAAAACGGGCUCUUUAUUUACUCACAAUGUAGUACUAAUGCCUCUGGGAGAUGACUUCAGAUAUGAUCAUCCGAUUGAAUGGGACCAACAAUACUCCAACUACAAGUUGCUUAUUGAUUACAUUAACACUCGAAAAAACGAAUACAAUACAGAAGUAGUAUUCGGCACACCAAAAGACUACUUUCAAGAGAUCAGGAAACGAUCGGAACAUUUUCCUAGCUUGAAAGGAGACUUUUUUGUGUACUCAGACAUUUUCAGUGAAGGUCGGCCCGCCUACUGGAGUGGUUACUUCACAACGCGACCCUACAUGAAAAUGCUCGACCGAGAACUCGAAGGCAAUUUAAGAUCCGCGGAGAUUCUCUACACAUUAGCCUUAAACUUAGCGAAACAGUCUGGCGGACAGGAUAUUAAAUUAUACGAAACUUAUUUCGAAAAGCUGGUUAAAGCCCGACGGAAUUUAGGUCUUUUCCAGCAUCAUGAUGCCAUUACCGGAACUUCGAAAUCGUUUGUCAUGAGGGACUAUGCUUUGAAACUUUUUGAAUCAAUUACGGACAUGACGAGUCUCCAGGGUUUCGCUAUUCAGUCCCUAGCCUCACAAAAUAGCACUGCCGCCGCGAAAUCGAAUUUAGCCUACGUCUUAUCCGAGUCUGACCGCGACAGUUACGAAAAGCUUCCAAAGAAAAUUCCAAUUAGCAUAAGUGUUGAUGAAAAUCGGAAGAUUAUUUUGUUUAAUUCCUUGGCACAGCCGAGACAUGAGGUAGUUAGUGUUAAAGUUACCUCAUACAAAAUGCGAGUCCUCGAUCCUCACAAAAAUCCGAUCCCUUAUCAGAUAGCGCCAGUGAUGAAUGCCACGAGCAUAACUCACGAUAUGUAUCUACUACUGUUCAUCGCCGAUUUAAAACCCCUCUCUCUAGCUACUUACUACAUCCAGCAAAUUGACCGGACUCCUACUGAAGCAAUCUCGACUCUAUACUGCAAUAGAUGCAGUAAAGAUCCAGUUUUUCCCAUAAAACCAAUGCAAAUUGGCGAUAUCCAAUUGGAAAAUCAUAAAUUGAAGCUUCUCUUUGACGGGCAAACCGGUUUUCUGAAACAAGUCACGAGAAAAGCUACGAAUAAGAUAAUGCAGUGCAAUAUACAGUUUGCUGCGUAUCCAUCCGCGCAGUUUCACAGCGGGGCUUAUCUCUUCAUGCCAGAUCCAAAUCUGAGAGAGACUGAUAAAGACAUUCUAGAAGAAUACACUCCUCAUCAGAAGAUCUAUAUUGUUUCCGGAAAUUUGAGCUCGCGAUUGACAGUCGAGUAUGGGAGAUUAUUGACCCAUCAGGUGUCUAUUUAUCAUCAAGAAGGUGGAGCUAGUUAUCUGUCGGAAGCCAUCCAUAUCCGGAACGUCAUAGACUUUGAAGCACCUCCGAAAAAUCGUGAAACGGAAAUGUUUAUGCGGCUGCAGACGGACAUUCUUAAUGGAGAUCCUCCGGAGUUUUACACGGAUCUGAACGGACAUCAGAUGCUAAAGAGGACUAAAAUUGAAAGGAUUGGAAUAGAGGGUAACUAUUUUCCGAUCACGACAAUGGCAUACAUCGAAGAUAGUUCUAAAAGAUUGACUUUACUGGUUAAUCAUGCUCAAGGAGCAGCAAGUUAUCAACCAGGUUGGCUGGAAGUGAUGUUGGAGAGACGAACUCUCUAUGAUGAUUCGCGAGGAAUGGGUGAGGGUUUGUUGGACAAUCAGCGGACAGUUAUGAAGCAUUGGCUGCUUCUAGAAGAUGUUAAUAGGGCUGGUGAGGUGGACAAGUAUUCCAGGCCGUCCUUAUUUGCCAAUUAUUUAAGCAACUCUAUCAAUUAUCCGGUGAAUGUAUUUGUGGUGGACAGUGCGACGGAAAAUCGCGUGAAAUUAGUACCGGAAACGAGACUGAUCAGUCAGAGUUUUCCAUGUGACGUUCAUCUGCUUAAUUUAAGGACUAAUCACGACUCGAAGCUUCCGCAAUUUCCUGUAAAUAGUGCGCUUUUAGUUCUACACAGACAAGGCUACAGCUGCUCUGUUGGUACCGAUAUAAUUUUGACGCAUUGCCCUCGUAGCGAUCGACUGGCUCGAGGGCUCUCAUUCACUAGAUUACGAAAUCUUAACAUUACCAAAACGUCCUUAACGGGGACAAAAGCCGAAAGAUACCUGACAAAUGGCCUUCAGGAAAUCAGUGUCAAGCCUAUGGAGGUUGAAACCUAUAGAGUGAAUUUUGUACACUGAAUUUGGGUAAAAAAUGUAUUUUGUGUUCUGAAUUUGGGUACACAGUGUAUUUUGAAGGCUGACUUAGGGUGCAAAGUUUAUUUCGUGCACUGAUUUUGAGUACCAAAUGUAUUUUGUACGCUAAAUUUGGAUGUCAAGUUUAUUUUGUACACUGCAUUUGUGUACAAUGUAUAUUUUGAACGCUGACUUUGGGUACAAAGUAUAUUUAUACACUGAAUUUAUGUACAAAAUGUAUUUUGUAUACUGAACCUGGGUACAGACUGAUUUUUGUACACUGAAUUUAAGUACAAAGUUUAUUUUGUACAGUGAUUUUGAGUACAAAAUGUAUUUUGUACACUGAAUUUGGGUAUAAAGCGUAUUAUGUGCACUAGAUUUAGUACAAAGUAUAUUUUAUACAUUGAAUUUAUGUACACUGAAUUUUUGUGCAAAAUGUAUUUUGUACACUGAACCUGGGUACAGACUGGAUUUUGUACACUGAAUUUAAGUACAAACUUUAUUUUGUACAUUGAUUUUGAGUACAAAAUGUAUUUUGUACACUGAGCAUGGGUACCGAGUAAAUAUUGUACACUGAACUUGGGUCUAGAGUGACUUUUGUACAUUAAAUUUGGACACAAAGAGUAUUUUGUACACUGAAUUUGGGUACAAAGCGUAUUUUGUGCACGGUGCAAAAUGUAUUUUAAUUUCUGACUUUGGGUACAAAAUAUAUUUUGUACAGUGGAUUUGAGUACAAAGUAUAUUUUAUACACUGGAUUUGAAUAUACUGAAUUUAGAUAAACUGAAUUUGGAUACACUGAAUUUGGGUAUAAAGUGUAUUUUGUAGACUGAACUUGGAUACAAACUUUAUACCGUAUU